AUGCGAUUCUUCGGCAUUCCUUCCCUGGCCCUACCCUUAGGGUUGGCGUUGUCAACUGUUGUAUAUGCAAACCAAAAGCGCAGCUCAAAUGUCUGCACCGUUAAAGCCAAAGGGAACCAGAAAGAUGAUGUUCCUAAUAUCAUAGAAGCCUUCCACCGUUGUGGUAAUGGCGGUACGAUCGUCUUUCCAGAGGACCAAGCCUACUGGAUCGGUACUCGGUUGAAUCCCGUCUUAAACGACAUAACCAUUGAAUGGCGCGGAAAAUGGACAUUCUCUGACGAUUUGGAUCACUGGCGCAAUAACUCAUACCGGAUUUCCUUCCAAAAUCACGCCGCCGGGUUCGUUAUCACCGGUCAAAACAUCAGGAUUGAUGGGUACGGCACUGGUGGCAUCGACGGCAAUGGGAAUGCAUGGUACACAGCCGAGAAAGGCGACACGCAACCCGGCAGACCGAUGCCGUUUGUAUUUUGGAACGUAUCCGAUGUCAGUGUCGAAAAUUUCUACAUCAAAGAUCCCCAGUUGUGGAGCAUAAAUAUCAUGAACGGAACCAAUAUGCGCUUUAAUAACAUCUACUGCAAUGCGACUGCGGUAGAUGCGCCAUACGGCGAAAACUGGGUCCAGAAUACAGACGGAUUUGACACCAUGGAUGCGCAGAAUAUCCAACUCAGCAAUUUCAUAUACCAAGGUGGUGAUGAUUGCGUGGCAAUCAAACCACGAUCAUACAAUAUCGAUAUUCACAAUGUCACCUGUCGUGGCGGAAAUGGGAUUGCUAUAGGCAGUCUGGGCCAAUACCAGGAGGACUCGAGCGUGGCUGAUAUCCGCAUAGAUAAGGUCAAGGUAACCCGAUACAACGAGGAUAUGCACAAUAGCGCGUAUAUCAAAGCGUGGGUCGGCGCACUUGUACCACAGAGCUCCUAUGAGAGUGCCGGACUCGCUCGCGGCGGUGGCUGGGGCAGUAUUCGGAAUGUGUUGCUCUCAAACUUCGAAGUCCAUGGAGCCAAUAGCGGACCUGCUAUCACACAAGACAGUGGAAAUAAUGGCUCGUAUUCGGGGACGAGUUUGAUGGAUAUUUCCAAUGUCGCAUUUGUAAAUUUCACGGGCUAUAUCAAGAGCACUUCGAGGAAGGUGGCAUCUGUUUCAUGCUCGAAUGUGCAUCCGUGCUACAAUAUUGAUUUUGAUAAUGUGGUGCUAUAUCCCCAGGAGAAUGCGACUACGCCGGGGGUUGGGUCGUGCAAGUAUACAACGGAAGGCGGGGUACACGGGCUCGAUGGAUGCUGA